AUGAAUGGCGAUACGUUUUACGAAUGGUUUGUUAAGACCCUGCCAUUACUUAAACCGAACGCCAUCAUCGUCAUGGAUACCAUUCAUACCAUUCCGUGGAAGACAAGUUUUGGGACUUGGAUGGAACAUAUUACCGACGAAUUAAUGGACGAGCUACCCGACGACGAUGAACGUCAUGUUCUCACGAUAAGAACAGGAGAUACAAGUUCUUCUGAUUGUGACUCUGAUUGA